AUAAUUGAGAUUAAACAUAUUGUGUUUUCUUGCCCCAGAGAAAAGAAGAAAAACUCUCGUUAAAGAAUUGAGAGUUGGAAUCACAUGUUUGCGUCCGUUACAAUUUGAUCUUGGCAACAGCAGCGCCGCGUAGCAGAAAAUCGCGGAGAAUCGCGCAGUUGGUGAAAAGAUGUUGGAGAGUGAGAGAGUGUGAGGAAUUUUUGCGGAAAGUUUUUCUUCACCAAAUCAUGGCAGAUUCCGAGCUCGCGAAGGCGCUGAAAGAUCUCCCCAACCGCGUGAUAAAUGUUGGCGUGGAGGAAAGAAAGCCCCUGAUUGACAACGUAAUCACAAUCCUUUCCAAUCCGGGCAUAAAUACGACUGUGGUGAAGGGAAUUUGCCGAGUGAUUGGCACAACGCUGACCAAGUAUCGUGAUCCGCCGUCUCAGGCGCUCAUCCGGAGCUUGAUUGUCGCCCUGGUGCAGCAGCACAAUGACUGGACACUGGAGCACUUCAAUGGGGUCUUCAAGACGCUCCUGACGAAGGAUCUGGCGGCGGCGCCGGCAAUCAAGGCAUCGCAAGCCGCCGUAAUUGCGCUCACCUGGUCAAAUCUCCUCGCAAUCCACCGAAAUGUCGACUCUGACGUCACCCAGAAGGAGUUCCCGAAGCUCGUGGAGCAUCAGUCGCAGCUCUAUCAGCUGGCACUGUCCGUGGGCAAUCCCAAAUUGUCCCAGAAAGCCUACGAGCUGUUCGAGACGUGCUGGCAGCGCGAUGAUCUCGUGGUGGAGUAUUUUGAGCUUCUAGCGAAGAUGGAAGCAGCCCCGAAUGUCAUCCUCCUGAUCGCCGCUGCGAUUUGCUUCUGCGAGAGCAACCGACCAGAGGAGGAUCUCCUGACCAGGCACAAGGCGAAGGUGUUGGAGCACUUUAUCAAGGGCUUGAUCAGUGUGAAAACCAAGCCAAAUGUCCACUACUUCACCCUCUGCCAGACCAUUCUGCAGUCCAUCACGAAGGAGGAGUUCCAGACACUCAUUCUGCCCGCCCUUCAGCGCGCCAUGCUGCGCAGUCCGGAGAUCAUCCUGCAAGGCGUGGGGGCGAUUGUGAAGGAAGUGGAUGUGGACAUGAGUGACUUUGCCAUGGACAUGGGAAAGACUCUCAUUCAAAAUCUCUACUCCAAGAACGACGUGACGCGCCAGGAGGCGGCGGAUUCCCUCAAGUACCUCUCGGAGAAGUGUGAGAACGCGGAGACGAUUGAGAAGCUGCUGAAGCACAUUUUCGGCGUGUGGAAUGGCUCAGAUGGCAAGAUAACGGUCGUUGAGUAUCGCAUAAAUGUGCUUCAGGGUGUGGGAAAUUUGAGCUUCAACAGUCUUCUGCCCGAAUCCAUGGACGCCAUUCUCAGUGUGGUGAUGGAGAACUUCAUCAGAAUUCUCGAGUCAGAGACGCACGAGAAGAUUCUCUGUCACUCACUGGAGAUGUUCAGUCUCUGGGCGAGUAACUUCGAGGGACAACUGCCCGACAAGAUAAUUCCACUGUUCCGGAAGGGCAUCGAAGGCAAAUCGGCCACGCAGAAUGUCCGCAUCAGCUACAUGGAUUGGCUUCUGGCGUGCCUUCAGGGUGGCACGCUGACGAAUGGCAAGGAUUUGGUGCCCUUUCUGCUGAAGACAGUGGAGAAAGCCGCCCAGAAUCCCACGCAGAUUCCCACAGUCACUGAGGGAUUGUGUGCCAGUUGUCUGAUUCUGUUGUUGGAGGAGCAGCUGGACGACGAGGCGUUGGCGAAGUUAUCAGUAUUCUGGAGCAUCAUACUGGAUUUGAACAAGCAAGUGUUUGUGGCUGAGCGAUUCAUCUCCAGCGUUCCGGGAGACACACUCAAGCACGUGAUGCUGCUGAUUGAGAGACUCCUUCUCUGCCACUUUGAUCGCCUCAAGGGCAAUCCGGAGGUGUUGUACAAGGCCGCUGUGUACUGCAUGACUGUCUCAUCGCCAAACGUGAGGAUCUACUGUCAAUCGCUCACCAGGAAGAUUGCCACCAGUGAGAAUGGAGUGAUCUUCACGAUUGAGUUCCUGGCCAAGCUGACGAAUUACAUGGAAAAUGCGAAAAUUCACCAGGAAUCUGACGCUGGAGAGGAUGGAAGUGUUCCAGUGACAGCUUUUAUUGACACCAUUGAGACUCUGUGCACAAUUGAAGAUUUGCAGCCAAUUGACGCUGAGAAAAUAGCUCUGAAUUCCCUUCUUUGCUGCCACCAUUCGGCUCUGAUCAGCGCUAAGAGCAAUCUGUGGGAAUCCAUCCUCAAGGCAAUUGGUGUUGACCCGAAAACCCUUAUAAAUCUUCACAGUGGAAAGAUCUUCGAGAUUCUCCUCACGAAUUACUGCAUAACGUCGAUGUACGAGAACUCUGUGUCCACCGUCAGUCGCGUUAAUCCUGACAUUCUCUUGCCACACGUCAUGGAGCUCGUUUCGUCGCAGCUGGGCAGCGAGGCCAUGUCCAAUGUGACGGAUGAUGAGUACUUUACAUUCCUCACGCCCGAAGGGGAGUUGUACGACAAGAGCGUGAUCCCGAAUGCGGACGACAUCUACCAAGUGUCGGGCAUGAAGCGGGAGAACAAAGUGUACAGCUACAAGGAGCAGAUGGAGGAGCUGCAGCUGAGGCGGGAGAUUGAGGAGAAGAGGCGGAAGGAGGGUAAGGCGAAGCCUGUUCAGUUGACGCCGAAGCAGAAGGAGGCCAUAAAGAAUCAAACUGAUAAGGAGAAUGCAAUCAGAGCUCGAUUGGCGGAUGUCAAUGAGAAAUUGCUGAAGUUGAUAUCGAUGAUUGAGAGUGUUUCUCGCGGAAAUCCCGAGCAAUUGGCAACACACUUCAGCUGUCUGCUGCCGAUUGUCUUGGCACAGCUGAAGAAUCCUCUGGCGGCUCCGCUCCUCAUCAAGCUGUACAAUAGCCUGCGGAUGUCAUGCUUUCAGGAUUCACAGCAAAACUUGCGGGACACUUUGGCAAUAACGACAAUUCGUCUCUACGAGCCUCACUGUGAUCUGCCGGCGGAGUGGCUGACUGAGCCGGUGACGGACAGUGUGACGAAUGUCUUGAUGGAUCUCUUUGCGUUCACCGCCGACAGGGUGUCGAAUGAGACUGCAAAUGGAGAGGCCGAAGAGGAGGAUGUGGAAAAGGGAAUACUGACUGGCCCAGCGUUUUGCUAUGCCUUUGAGUUCCUCAAGAAGUGCAUGAACAUGACGCCAGUGUCCAAGGAUGAGAAUCUAUUGCUGUGCGGCAUUCAAAUCAUUAGUCAUCACGCGCAGACACGUGGAAUGACGGAUCGCGGUGCUUCCACGGAUUAUCGUCAUCCCAAAUACUUGCCGCGACUGGAAAUGCUGCGACUCUUGCUCGGCAUAAUCAGCAGCAAUCGCGGACGCGUGCAGACUCAAGCUGUGGCGGCUCUGCUGGAUGUCGCCGAAGCCACAAGUGGUCGCGAGUACUGUGCACUGCCGACGAAGGCUGAAUUGGAGCUUCUUUUGCAAGCGAUCGAGAGUAAUUUGGAGUCAAUUCGAGAUGUUGCAUUGCGAGCACUUCUGAUUCUCGUGAAAACCUUUCCAUCUUUCAAAAAUGAUUCCGAUCUUCAUCGUCAUCUCAUCUGCAGAUUGUGGAUAGCGAAGCAUGAUAUUAGUGAUGAUAAUCGCGAGUUGGCGGAGAAUUUGUGGACAGACUCGAGCUUUAUUCUGCCGAAUGACAUGACAAUGAAUCUCAUGAGUGAUGUCAUUCAUCCAGAAUCGUGCAUUCAAAAGGCAACUGCGAGUUGUUUGGUCUCAAUCCUCAUGGAGGACAGUUCACCACUGCAGAAGAUUCUCGAUCAACUUCUCAGCAUCUAUAAUGACAAAUUGGCCAUGAUUCCGCCAAAACUCGAUCAAUUUGAUCGUGAAAUUGAACCGGCAAUUGAUCAAUGGCGACCACGUCGAGGCGUUGCAUUUGCAUUGACAGAAAUAUCACAGUUCUUCGAUGAGAAGCAAGUGUUUUCCACCAUUCAAUUCAUGGUGUCGAAAGGAUUGGGCGAUCGCGAUGAAAUGGUGCACAAGGAGAUGUUGGCCGCGAGUUUGGCCAUUGUUGAUAAGCAUGGAAAGGACACAAUUGCUCGGCUUUUGCCGGUGUUUGAGGAGUUUCUGGACAAAGCGCCCAAUUCUAGUCGCUACGACAACAUUCGUCAAGCUGUCGUGAUUCUGAUGGGAUCUCUGGCUCGUCACUUGGAAGUCAACGAUGAACGCAUUCAGCCGAUUGUGAAGCGGCUUCUGGCGGCUCUCGCCACACCAUCAGAGACUGUCCAGGAGGCUGUGGCCAGUUGUCUGCCAUACUUGAUUCCGUCGGUGAAGGAUGAGGCGCAGCAGAUGAUCAAGAAGCUCCUGCAUCAGCUGAUAAAGUCCGACAAGUAUGGCGAAAGGAGAGGAGCAGCUUAUGGCAUUGCGGGCAUUGUGAAGGGAUUGGGCAUCAUAUCGCUGAAGCAAUUGGACAUUAUGACCAAAUUGACAAACUACAUUCAGGACAAGAAGAACUACAAGUCGCGCGAAGGUGCUCUGUUUGCCUUUGAGAUGCUGUGCAAGACUCUGGGGCGACUCUUUGAGCCCUACAUCGUUCACGUGCUCCCAUUCCUGCUCCAGUGCUUCGGCGACUCGUCCCAGUAUGUUCGUCAGUCUGCUGAUGACACUGCCAAGGUUGUGAUGGGAAAAUUGUCAGCGUACGGUGUUAAACUCGUCCUUCCCGCCCUCCUUAAUGCUCUCGAUGAGGAUUCGUGGCGCACAAAGACGGCUUCGGUGGAAUUGUUGGGCGCCAUGGCAUAUUGUGCCCCAAAGCAGCUCUCAUCGUGUCUCCCAAGCAUUGUGCCGAAGCUAAUUGAAGUGUUGAGUGAUUCCCAUUCGAAGGUGCAAGAAGCCGGCGCAGAUGCUCUUCGUGUGAUUGGAUCAGUUAUCAAGAAUCCGGAGAUUCAGGCAAUUGUCCCCGUUCUUCUGCGCGCACUUGAAGAUCCGGCCAAUAAGACUUCUGCAUGUCUUCAGAGUCUGUUGGAAACGAAGUUCGUCCACUUCAUCGAUGCUCCGUCACUGGCUCUCAUUAUGCCUGUUGUCCAGCGAGCGUUUAUCAUGAGAUCUCCGGAGACGAGGAAGAUGGCAGCGAAGAUUAUUGGAAACAUGUACUCACUGACAGACCAGAAGGAUCUCACGCCGUAUCUGCCCAACAUUAUUCCGGGCUUGAAGAUGUCUCUGCUGGAUCCUGUGCCAGAAGUCCGAGCAGUUUCGGCUCGUGCUCUGGGCGCAAUGGUGCGAGGAAUGGGUGAAUCAUCCUUUGAGGAUCUACUUCCGUGGCUCAUGCAAACACUCACGUCCGAGAGCAGCAGCGUGGAUCGAUCGGGAGCCGCUCAAGGUCUCUCGGAGGUCGUUGGUGGGCUGGGAGUUGAGAAAUUGCACAAACUCAUGCCUGAGAUUAUAAGCACAGCCGAACGCAAUGAUAUUGCGCCUCACGUCAAGGAUGGCUACAUCAUGAUGUUCAUCUACAUGCCCGCCGCCUUCCCCAAUGAGUUCACGCCGUACAUUGGACAGAUCAUCAAUCCGAUCCUCAAGGCUUUGGCCGAUGAGAAUGAGUAUGUGCGAGAGACAGCGCUGAAGGCUGGCCAGAGGAUUGUCAACAUGUACGCGGAGUCUGCAAUAGCGCUCCUGCUGCCGGAACUGGAGAAGGGUCUGUUCGAUGACAACUGGCGCAUUCGCUUCAGUUCAGUUCAACUCCUGGGCGACUUGCUGUAUCGCAUUUCCGGUGUAUCUGGCAAAAUGACCACGGAGACUGCCAGUGAGGACGAUAACUUCGGCACAGAGCAGUCUCACACUGCCAUCAUCCGAUCUCUGGGCGCUGAGAGGCGUAAUCGUGUGCUGGCAGGAUUGUACAUGGGACGCAGCGAUGUGUCUCUGAUGGUGAGACAAGCUGCCCUGCACGUGUGGAAGGUGGUCGUGACCAACACGCCGCGCACACUCCGUGAGAUCCUGCCGACGCUGUUUGGCCUCCUGCUGGGAUGUCUGGCGAGUACGAGUUUUGAUAAGCGUCAAGUGGCCGCCAGGACUCUUGGGGAUCUCGUGCGGAAGCUUGGCGAACGCGUCCUUCCGGAGAUCAUUCCGAUUUUGGAGCGUGGAUUGAAUUCUGAGCAAGCUGAUCAGCGUCAGGGUGUGUGCAUUGGUCUGUCUGAGAUUAUGGCUUCCACGUCCAAGGACAUGGUGCUCACGUUCGUGAACAGUCUCGUGCCGACGGUGAGACGCGCUCUCAGCGAUCCUGUCGUGGAAGUUCGAAUGUCAGCAGCCAAAACAUUCGAUUCGCUGCACACAACAGUGGGAAAUCGUGCUCUCGACGACAUCCUGCCAUCAAUGCUGAACGGACUGAGUGAUCCGGAUCCUGUGGUCGUGGAGUGCACUCUGGAUGGCCUGCGACAGGUGAUGGCGAUAAAAUCUCGCGUGGUGCUGCCGUAUUUGGUGCCACAGCUCACGGCAACUCCGGUCAACACGAAGGCUCUGUCGAUUCUGGCCUCGGUUGCGGGCGAAGCGCUUACCAAGUUUUUGCCAAAAAUACUGCCAGCACUCCUCACGGCCCUGUCUUCGGCCCAGGGCCAGUCGCACGAGACACAGGAGCUGGAGUACUGUCAGGCCGUAAUUCUCUCCGUGAGCGACGAAGUCGGCGUGCGAACUGUCAUGGACACUCUCAUGCUGUCCACCAAGUCCAAUCAGGCGGACGUGAGGAGAGCAGCUGCCACGCUCCUGUGCGCGUUCUGUACCCACUCCCCGGGAGACUACAGUCAGUAUGUGCCGCAGUUGCUGCGAGGUCUGAUGCAGCUUCUGGCCGACACGGACAGGGAUGUGCUGCAGAGAUCCUGGGAGGCUCUCAAUGCUGUCACGAAGACACUGGAUUCGGCCCAGCAGAUAGCUCAUGUGUCGGACGUGAGACAGGCUGUUCGCUUUGCUGCGAGUGAUCUCAAAGGGGAGGAGUUACCAGGAUUCUGUCUCCCGAAGGGCAUCACGCCCCUUCUGCCCGUGUUCCGCGAGGCCAUUCUCAAUGGGUUGCCCGAGGAGAAGGAGAACGCCGCUCAGGGACUUGGUGAGGUGAUCUCACUGACAUCGGCGACGUCCCUGCAGCCAUCGGUGGUGCACAUCACGGGUCCUCUGAUUCGUAUCUUAGGUGAUCGCUUCAAUGCUGGCGUGAAGGCGUCCGUGCUGGAAACACUGGCCAUUCUGCUGAGGAAAGUGGGUGUAAUGCUGAAGCAAUUCCUGCCGCAAUUGCAAACGACGUUCCUCAAGGCUCUACACGAUCCCAAUCGAAUGGUGCGCAUCAAGGCUGGCCAAGCGCUGGCGCAACUUGUCAUGAUUCACACCAGAGCCGAUCCUCUGUUCACGGAGAUGCACACUGGCAUCAAGGGCAACGACGACUCCGCCGUGAGGGAGACCAUGUUGCAGGCUUUGCGCGGAAUCACCUCGCCGGCGGGCGAUAAGAUGACCGAGCCACUGAGGAAGCAGGUUUACGGAACGCUGGUGUCGAUGCUGAACUUCCCCGAGGAUGUGUCGCGCAGUGCUGUGGGUGGCUGUCUGGGCGCCCUGUGCAAGUGGCUGUCGCCAGAGCAACUGGAUGAUGCUCUCGUGGGUCAUGUGCUGAACGAGGAUCACUCUGAGGAUUGGGUGCUGAGGCAUGGACGCACCUCGGCGCUGUUUGUGGUGCUGAAGGAGGCACCGGAUGUGGUGUAUGUGCCAAAGUAUGAAGCUAAGAUAUGCAAGGUGAUUGUGAAUUGCAUCACGUCGGACAAGACACCAGUGGCGUGCAAUGCCGUGCGAUCGGCCGGAUAUUUGCUGCAGCACUGCAUGAACGCGGGAAAGAGUCUGCCGCCAGCGCUCAUGGGACCAUUCGUGCGCGCCAUGAACCACAACAGCAACGAGGUGAAGCAACUGCUGGCCAACACGUGCAACUACCUGGCCAAGGUGGUGCCCGCUGAGAACACGCCGCCGGAAUUCCUGCGUCCAGUCAUCCCAAUGCUGGUGAAUGGCACCAAGGAGAAGAAUGGCUAUGUGAAGUCCAACUCGGAGAUCGCACUGAUCGCCAUGCUGCGCCUGAGGACGGGUGAGGAGACGCAUCAGAAGUGCAUGUCACUGCUGGAGGUGGGCGCCAGGGAGUCCCUGAGUGAGGUGGUGACCAAAGUGCUGCGCAAGGUGGCCCUGCAGCCAGUUGGUAAAGAAGAAGAUUUGGACGACACAAUUCUAUCUUGAUCACAGUUCCAUCAUGUGUGGAUUUUCCCCCGUAACUGUAGUCAUACGCUAUCUAUUCAACCGUCAAUCCGUAAGUCGAUGUGUUUAAUUUCAAUAAAAAUUUAUUACUUUAAAUA